AUCUUUUUUAUCAGUGCGAGUUACAUUCAGUACAUAGUUCAUUGUAUUUGAUCCGUGGAAUCUGUGGUGGUCUUAUAUUUGCCACGAAGUGGUUGUCUGAUAAAGUACUACGAAUCAGCUGAGUAGAAAUUUUCAUCAAAUUAUUUCCACACAAAAUCUAAAAACAGUGUAAUUAAAAAUGACGAAAACUAGAGUGUACGUAAUUGGUGUGGGCAUGACCAAGUUCGAGAAACCCGGUCGCCGCGCAGAUGUAUGUUACCCAGAUAUGGCAAAAGAAGCUGUCACUAAAGCUUUGCAGGAUGCCAAACUUUCCUACUCAGAGAUACAGCAAGCCACCGUCGGCUACGUAUAUGGUGAUUCAACUUGUGGCCAACGAGCUUUAUAUGGCAUUGGUAUGACCGGUAUUCCAAUAUAUAAUGUUAACAACAAUUGCUCGACUGGCUCUAGUGCACUCUAUUUGGCCAAGCAGAUUAUUGAGUCAGGAAAUGCUGAUUGCGUGCUCGCAUUGGGCUUUGAAAAGAUGGAGCGGGGCUCAUUAUCAGCUAAGUACUUUGAUCGUGCCAAUCCCAUGGAACGUCACAUCACCGAAAUGGCGGAACUUACCGAAAUUGGCAGCGGUCCAAUGGCAGCGCAAAUCUUUGGUAAUGCUGGCAAGGAGCAUAUGAAGAAGUAUGGAACAAAGCCAGAGCACUUUGGCAAGAUCGCUUGGAAGAAUCACAAACAUUCAGUUAAUAAUCCCUACUCCCAGUUUCGCGAUGAAUAUACGCUGGAUCAAAUUAUGCGUUCGCCGCAGGUGGUAGAGGGUGUGCUUACGAAGCUGCAAUGUUGCCCCACCUCGGACGGAUCUGGUGCUGCAAUUUUAGCAUCCGAGCAAUUUGUGCGCCGUCAUGGCUUGGAGGCCCAAGCUGUGGAAAUAGUUGCCAUGGAAAUGGCUACCGAUCCCGAGUCGACUUUUGCCGACAAGAGCUUGAUGAAAAUUGCUGGUUACGACAUGACGCGUUUAGCUGCGCAACGCAUUUUUGCGAAAACUAACUACAAACCGCAGGAUGUAAAUGUAGUUGAAUUGCACGACUGCUUUUCAGCUAAUGAACUAAUCACCUACGAAGCAUUAGGUUUGUGCGAAGAAGGCAAAGCUGGCGAAUUCAUUGACCGCGGUGAUAAUACAUACGGUGGUAAAUACGUUGUGAACCCUAGCGGCGGUUUGAUUUCUAAGGGACAUCCCUUGGGUGCCACCGGUCUGGCUCAAUGCUCCGAACUGUGCUGGCAGUUGCGUGGUUUGGCUGAAAAACGACAAGUGCCUGGUUGCAAGCUGGCAUUGCAACACAAUUUGGGCUUAGGUGGCGCAGUUGUUCUUGCUCUGUACCGGUUGGGCUUUCCAGCAGCGGCAAACCUUAGCCGCAAUUUAACUGCAGCUAGUAAGUUUGCUGCUAACGCGGAGGGAUUCAAAGUGACGCCACUGCUGAAGCUUUUAGAAGUUGCCAUGCACGAAGAUCAAGACAACCUAAUCGAAAAGGUGCGCGCUGUGUACGGCUUCAAAGUAACAAAUGGGCCAAAUGGGCAAAUUGGCUUUUGGGUCAUUAACGCUAAGGAGGGUAAAGGCAAGAUUACCUUCAAUGGGAGUGACAAAUGUGAUGUUACAUUCACCAUCAACGAUGAUGAUGUUACCGAACUGAUCACCGGAAAAUUACCGCCGCAAAAGGCAUUUUUCCAGGGCAAGAUUAAAAUUCAAGGCAAUAUGGGCCUGGCAAUGAAACUUUUGGAAUUGCAGCAAUCGGCCCAAUCGCGCAUUGACACGCUACGUGCGAAGCUAUAAGACUUCACACAUUUUGUGGAUAUUUCACAAAUUUGAUUUUUCUUUAAUAAUCUGAUUUUGGGGUUUAUUAUUGGUUAUAAGGGUUUAAAUCAAUUAUAAAAUCAGUAAUUGGAUGCAAUGUAUGAUAAUUAUCUAGUAUAUUAGUAAGUUUUUUCGUUUUGUAUUGAACACUUUCCAUUUUUAUAUGUACACA